UGGAGACACGCCCACCAACGAGGGCGAUUGUACAACAACAGUCACGUGACAAACGGAAGGUUGCAUAAAUCAGGAUGACAGCGCCGUAACUCCCGUCAAACAGCGACGUUAACGGUUAGACAGUCCGAGAUGUGGUCGUGGAUCGCGGCGCUGGUGGCGGGGGUCCUCUCCGCGCUCCUCGCGCAGCGCCUCUGGUUCCCGCUCUUCUGGAGAGACGCGCUGUUUCUGACGCGAGUCCUCCGCUACGGAGCGCGUCUGGAGAUCUACAAGCGGACCUCGCGGGUCGUGACGGUCGUGGACAGGUUUGUUCAGCAAGCCCAGCGGAUCCCCAACAAACCCUUUCUGAUUCACGAGGGAGUGACGUACACGUACGGAGAGCUCGAGGAGCGCAGCAACAGAGUCGCGCGCGUGUUUGAGGACGCGCUGAAGGAGGGAGACACGGUGGCGCUCCUGAUGAACAACGAGCCCGACUUCCUGUCGGUGUGGUUCGGCUUGAGUAAGCUGGGCUGCGCGGUGGCGUUCCUCAACACGAACACCAGGUCCAGAUCCCUGCUGCACUGCAUCCGCUGCUGCGGGGCCGAGCUGCUGGUGCUGGGAGCAGAUCUGCUGGAGACGCUGGAGGACGUUCUGCCCAGUCUGCAGCAGGACGGGAUCAGUGUGUGGUGUCUGAGCAGGGACAGUCCUCGUCCUGGAGUGAUCAGUCUGCUGGAUCAGAUGGAGAAGGUCUCGCCGGAGCCUGUCCCAGCCCAGCGCCGCUCCGUCUGCUGCCUCCGGACCCCCACGCUCUACAUCUUCACCUCGGGGACCACCGGGCUGCCCAAAGCUGCGGUCAUCACACAUCUACAGGCCCUGAAGGCAGCAGGAGGGUUCUGGGUGUACGGAGCCACAGGAAGUGAUGUCAUCUACACGCCGCUUCCCCUGUAUCACAGCGCUGCCUCGCUUGUAGGCAUCGGAGGGACCAUUGAACUGGGUGCCACCUGUGUCCUGAAGAAGAAGUUCUCCGCCUCUCAGUUCUGGCAGGACUGCAGGAAACACAACGUCACCAUAUUUCAGUACAUUGGAGAGCUGUGCCGAUAUCUGUGCAACCAGCCCAUGGUGGAGCAGGAGAAGGAUCACAGGGUGCACAUGGGUGUUGGGAACGGCCUCCGUCAGGACGUAUGGAGGGAGUUCCUCCGGCGCUUUGGGGACAUCCGCAUGUGUGAGAUCUACGGCUCCACUGAAGGAAACCUGUGCUUCAUGAAUCACAUCGGCAGGAUCGGAGCCGUCGGACGCUCCAAUGUCUUCUACAAGCUGAUUUUUAAGUAUGAUCUGGUGAAGUAUGACCUGGUCAGAGAAGAGCCUGUGAGGGACCACAGUGGAUUCUGCCAGCAUGUUCAGAAAGGUGAAACAGGGCUGCUGCUGUCUCAGAUCUGCAGUCAGAGUCCGUUCUUCGGUUACGCUGGCAGCAAACAGCUGACGGAGAAGAAGAUCCUGAGAGACGUUUUUGUCAAAGGAGACGCUUACUUCAACACUGGAGACCUGAUGGCUGAGGACGCGGACCACUUCAUCUGCUUCAAAGACCGAGUGGGAGACACCUUCAGAUGGAAGGGGGAGAAUGUGGCCACCACUGAGGUGACGGAGAUCCUGGGACUGGUGGACUUCAUUCAGGAAGCCAGUGUGUAUGGAGUCCAGGUGCCAGGAAAUGAGGGCCGAGCCGGAAUGGCUGCAGUGAUUGUGAGGCCUGAGUGCAGAUUUGAUGGGAGGAAACUGUUCAGUCACGUCCUCCGAGAACUGCCAUCAUACGCUCGACCUCUCUUCAUAAGACUGCAGGAGACUCUGGAGAUGACCAGCACCUUCAAGCAGCAGAAGUUUGCUCUGGUGGAGAGCGGCUUCGAUCCCUGCAGCAUCAGCGAGCCGCUCUUCUUCCUGGACUACACCCAGAAGAGCUACGUUCCCCUGACCAGCUCCAUGUAUGAGCGCAUCGUGAGCGGUCACCAGAAGGUCUAGUCCAUAACUUAGAGAAGUGACGUAGCUGUAAGACACUGAAGGACACGCUGUAUAUUUGAUCAGAGUCGGCCGUGAAUUAUUGAUCAGGUACAUCCUUCAGAGCUGCAGACCAUGUCAUUUAGUGAAUACAGAGUUAGUGCACAUAAGAGAGGGUAAUGAGA